AACCGCGUGGAGGCGCAAGAAAGGCUGGAACUGGAGAGGGAGGGGUUCACGGACAGUUGGCUGCGGGGCUAGAAAUCAGGCCGAGAACCUAGAGUUUGGGGAGAGUUCUGUGGGCGGAGCGAACCAGCCUGCAGGUCCCGGGAUAGAACCGCAGAGCCUGGGGUGGGCCUCUCCCGGAAGGAAGAGGGUUGAAGUCCCCAUAUCAGGGCUAAAAGGAGCCCGAGUUCCCUAGGGAUCUGUGGGAACUGCCCCGUGACUGUUGGAGAAGAUGCCGUACCUUGGCUCCGAGGACGUGGUGAAGGAGCUGAAGAAGGCUCUGUGUAAUCCUCACAUUCAGGCUGAUAGGCUGCGCUAUCGGAGUGUCAUCCAGCGAGUGAUUAGGCACAUGACUCAAGGGGUGGACAUGUCUGGUGUUUUUAUGGAAAUGGUGAAAGCUAGUGCCACUGUAGAUAUUGUUCAGAAGAAGUUAGUUUAUCUCUACAUGUGUACCUACGCUCCCUUGAAACCAGAUCUGGCUCUCCUGGCCAUCAACACACUGUGCAAAGACUGUUCGGACCCCAACCCAAUGGUGCGAGGGCUGGCAUUACGGAGCAUGUGUAGCCUCAGGAUGCCUGGUGUGCAGGAAUAUAUCCAACAACCAAUUCUCAAUGGUCUGCGGGAUAAGGCUUCGUAUGUCAGGAGGGUAGCAGUCCUUGGCUGUGCCAAGAUGCAUAAUCUUCAUGGAGACUCUGAAGUGGAUGGUGCCCUGGUAAAUGAAUUAUAUAGUUUGCUGCGCGACCAGGAUCCAAUUGUGGUUGUGAACUGCCUGAGGUCUCUAGAGGAAAUUCUGAAACAGGAAGGAGGUGUUGUCAUCAAUAAGCCCAUCGCCCACCAUCUCUUAAAUCGAAUGUCAAAACUGGACCAGUGGGGCCAGGCUGAAGUCUUGAACUUUCUGCUCCGCUACCAACCCCGAAGUGAGGAGGAGCUGUUUGACAUUCUCAAUCUGUUGGACAGUUUUCUCAAGAGCAGCAGCCCAGGAGUGGUGAUGGGAGCCACCAAACUCUUUCUGAUCUUGGCCAGAAAAUUCCCGCACGUGCAGACCGACGUGCUCAUGCAAGUCAAGGGCCCUCUGCUGGCCGCCUGUUCCUCCGAGAGCCGAGAGCUCUGCUUCGCUGCCCUCUGCCAUGUGCGCCAGAUCCUGCGCAGCUUGCCGGGUCACUUCAGCGGCCACUACAAGAAGUUUUUCUGCUCCUAUUCGGAGCCCCACUACAUCAAGCUCCAGAAGGUGGAGGUGCUGUGUGAACUGGUGAACGACGAGAAUGUGCAGCAGGUGCUGGAGGAGCUGCGAGGGUACUGCACCGACGUGUCCGCCGACUUCGCGCAGGCCGCCGUCUUCGCCAUUGGUGGCAUCGCCAGGACCUACACCGAUCAGUGUGUGCAGAUUCUAACAGAGUUGCUGGGGCUUCGACAAGAGCACAUUACCACGGCGGUGGUGCAGACUUUCCGAGACCUGGUAUGGUUGUGUCCUCAAUGCACGGAAGCUGUGUGUCAGGCCCUGCCCGGCUGUGAGGAGAACAUUCAAGAUAGUGAGGGGAAGCAGGCACUUAUCUGGUUACUCGGUGUCCAUGGGAAGAGAAUCCCCAAUGCUCCUUAUGUGUUGGAAGACUUCAUAGAGAAUGUGAAGUCGGAGACGUUCCCAGCUGUCAAGAUGGAGCUGCUCACAGCUGUGCAGCGCCUCUUCCUCUCUCGCCCAGCUGAGUGCCAGGACAUGCUAGGCCGCUUGUUACACUACUGCAUAGAGGAAGAAAAGGACAUGGCAGUACGAGAUCGAGGUCUCUUCUAUUAUCGCCUCCUCUUAGCGGGCAUCAAUGAAGUAAAGCAGAUCCUGUGUAGCCCUAAAUCUGACCCUUCCCUCAGACUUUUGGAGGAUCAGGCAGAAAGACCUGUGAACAGCUGGGCCUUGGACUUCAACACUCUGGUGCCAGUCUAUGGCAAAGCCCGCUGGGCAACCAUCUCUAAAUGCCAGGGAGUAGAACAUCAUGGCCCAGAGCUUCCUAACACUACAGCCUUUCCCACAUCAGGACCCCUGAUUCCCGAGGAGAACAAAGAGAGGGUCCAGGAACUCCCUGAUUCCGGAGCCCUCAUGCUCAUCCCCAAUCACCAGCUUACUGCUGAGUGUUUUGAGAAAACUUGGCUGAGCCUCAAAGUUGCUCAUCAGCAGGCGUUCCCGUGGCAGGGAGCAGUCCAUCCUGACAACCUGCAGAUGGCGCUGCAAGUCGUGAACAUCCAGACCAUCGCGAUGAGCCGGGCUGGGACUAAGCCAUGGAAAGCCUACCUCAGUGCUCAGGACGACACUGGCCGUCUGUUCCUAACAGAACUGCUGCUGGAGCCUGCGAACGUGCAAAUGCAGAUCUCAGUGAAACAAAGCGAGGCAGGGACAGAGACACUGAAGAGUUUUAUUUCUGUUUUAGAAACUGUGAUCGGAACGCUUGGAGACAUAAAAUCAUAACGGCUUCUUGUCUGUCCUGAGUGAGAUGAAUAGCUCUCAGAGUUCCUUAGUUUUUCUUAUUAUCACUGCUUGUAAGUCCACAUAAUAUCAGAUGCAAAGGAGAAGGGGAAUCUGGGAAUGAGGAUUCUUCCAUUUUUGUCCAAAGAACAUUGACAUGUUCCUCUCAUACCUAUUGGUGAAUGACCCCACUUUUCCAAGUGAUGUUGUAAAGAUUAAUGUUGUUGGGGAGAGGGUGAGGGUAGAAUUUGUAUUCUUUUCUAAUUAGCUUAAGGGAUUAUUUUACUAAUUAAAGAUGUCUGAUGUGUCUGGAAACUGA